CCUGGUGGAAUGGCUCAGGCUCGCUUUUCCGGAGGGAGGCGGCGUUUCUCCGGUCCCGAGGAUGGUGAUGCGACAGCUGCACAGCUGACUGCAGGCUUUCAGCCUUCUCUGGCAUCCUCUGGCAUGAGUACAAUGCUUCCUGCAGUUCCAGCCACAGCGGUCCAGCGUUCCUGUUGUGGUUGUAAGAGAGUUUUUCAGGAGGGGCAGACUGCUUACCAGAAGAAAGGGUCUGCUGAGCUCUUCUGCUCCAGGCAUUGUAUCAGUGAAUACAGCUCAUCUGCUGACUUCCCAGCUCCCCUCAGGAGGACGUGCUUGAACUGCUCAAGAGACAUUUUAAAUCUGAAGGAUAUGAAGAAUGUGCAGUUGGAGGACAGUAGCUCUGGCAAAAACUUCUGUAGCCAGUCUUGCCUUUCAUCCUACGAAGAAAAGAGAAAGCUACUUGUCACCGUGAGUCCUGAGAGCAGUCUGCUCAAGUGCAGCGUGUGUCAGAAGACGGCUACUGAACCACCCAGAAUACUUAGAUCUUUUCCUUGCAAAACACUGGAACUCUCAGAUGAGAUGAUUAUGAUUACUAAUGACUUGGGGAAUGUAGAGGUUUUCUGUUCUGUUUGUUUUUCUUCAUACAACAGUACGGUGAUGGAAUCUUCAACAGUAAAUGUUUCCACGGUACACAGUGCUUCAAAAGAGAAUCUUUCUCCAACGAAAUAUCCAAUUCCAGUUAUAAGCAAUAUAAUGUCAUUAGUAAAUGACCAGGUUGACCUGUUCAUGAACACUGAUCACUUACAAGGUUUACUUUCUUCUGUACCUACAAAUGUCAUUGAUAGCUCACCCAGUGAAUCCAGUAGUGGUGUUGGCAAUAGUGUGGAGCAGCCAAGCCUCCUCCCGUCUUCACCAGUGCUCUUUGAGGACACAGCUGGCCCUACUGUGGAAGCACAGAACGGCAGGGAGUCAAACCAGAAAAAUUUUACCUGCCAGAGAGAAUCAUUUGCAACCCAAGGAACUGCUGACUGGGAGAAGACCCUAGAAAAAUUCAGGAAGCAUGAAGAAAGUGAAGUGCAUUUAAAGUCACUGCGGUUUUGGAGACAGUACCAGUUUCUGGAUGAAGUUCCACGUGAUGGUUCAUCUGUUUAUUCAAAACCUAUUGCGGGAAAUAGAAGGUACCUAAAGCUUGUCGUCGAAAGCAUCUUAUUUCUUGGAAAACAGUGUUUGCUCCUAAAAGGAAAUGACCAGUCUAUUCCAUCCAUUAAUAAAGGCAAUUUUUUGGAAUUACUAGAAAUUCGAGCAAGAGAUAAAGGAGAAGUGUUUCGGGUUCUGAGUUCACAUGGUGAUUUCUAUCACAGUACGCAAGUUCAGGAGGAGAUUAUUGAAAUAAUAAAGGCUGAAAUGCUGCAAGACAUUGUGGGUGAGCUCCGUGUCGCCUCAGCUUUCUCAAUCAUCUGUGAGGAGACAGCGGAUGGUGCCACUGGAGGACAGCUUUCAGUGUGUGUGCGUUACCCGCACACAACCUCCAGUGCUGUCCUCGUUAAAGAAAGGUUCCUGGGGUUUGUUAAUAUAGAGGAAAUGACUGCAGUCCACGUACACAGGCAUAUCAAAGCUUACCUGCAGCAGGUCGGAAUUGAUUUUAAUAAGAUAUGUGGUCAAACCUAUGAUCUAGCCACAAAUUUGAGGGUAAAAUUUAAUGAAGUUGUAACAGAAUUCAAGAAGGAAGAACCAAGAAUUUUGUAUGUCCAUUGUUAUGCACAUUUUUUUGAAUUAGCAGUCAUUAGUUUCUGUAAAGAAGUGAAAGAACUCCGAAGGACACUACAUACUCUGAGCUCUUUGUUCAGCACUGUUUGUACGUCGGGAGAGAUGUUGGCAACUUUGCAAACCAUGUGUAAGCUAAGUCAAAAUAAAACUUGUCAGAAACACGCAUCCCAGUCGUGCUGGCCAGCCCACGAUGACUUGUUGCUGUCGGUGACGGAGUGUCUUCCAGAGAUCAUUGAGACUCUGCACUCAGUGGCCCGCCAGUCCGCAGGCACAGCUGCCGCUAACCAACUGAAUGAUUUGCUGGUAGCGGUUACCAAGUUUGAAUUUAUAUUUUCUUUGAAAUUUCUUUAUCGAGUACUCAGUAUUACAGGAAUUCUUUCCAGAGAGUUUCAAAGUGAAACUGUAGACGUCUUCUCUUUGUUUUCAAAAAUCGAAGCAAUUUUGGAGUGUUUAUCUUCUGAAAGGGAUGAAAUGUAUUUCCAGACUAUCUGGGAUGGAACAGAUGAAAUAUGUAAAAAGGUAUCUAGUAAGGGUUUUGAAGUUGAAAAACCCUCUUUUCAAAAAAGAAAAAAAAUUCAGAAAACAGAAGAUCCUGGCAACUCAGAGAGUGUGUUUUUUCCUACCUCAGCAGAUGAACACUAUAAAAUUAAUAUUUAUUACCAAGGUCUGGAUACUUUGUUAAAAAACUUAAAGUUAUGUUUUUCAGAGUUUGACUAUUGCAAAAUGAAACAAAUUUCUGAGCUAUUGUUUAAAUGGAAUGAACCAUUAAAUGAGUCAGCAGCUAAACAUGUUCAAGAAUUUUAUAAGCUCGAUGGAGACAUUAUCCCUGAACUUCGAUUUUAUCGGCAGUAUGCAAAUCUCAACUUUGUCACAGAUUGUGGCUCCUUAAACUUCAUAGACCUUGGCUGUUUGUUUAGUCAGCAUGGUCUCCACAGUAAUAUUCCUCGUCUCUCGAAACUGUUACAUAUUGCUUUAUCUUGGCCAGUUACUUCAACAAAUAAUGAAAAGUCAUUUUCCACACUGCCUCAUCUUAAAGCAUACUUACUUCGUACCAUGGGACAAGAGAGACAAACUGGCCUGGCUCUAAUGGCUGUUGAGCAAGAGCUGGUAAAUAGGUUGAUGGAGCCUGAAAGACUCAGUGGAAUUGUGGAAAAGUUUAUUAGCCAAAUGAAAGAUACAUAUGACUUGCAACUUUGAACUUAAUUAAAAGUAUUUUAUAGGCCGGGCGGUGGUGGCGCACGCCUUUAAUCCCAGUACUCGGGAGGCAGAGGCAGGCGGAUC